AAAAUAAUUGUUUGAUAUACUAGAAGAAUAACAGCUGAAUCACAGAAUAAAACAUAUAAAUUCAGUUAUCAGUUGUUUUAAUUGCAUAUAAAUUACACAACAUUUUCAAUGGCAGUCGGAGGUGGAGGAGGAAGUGGUGGCGUUGGUGUUAAAGUAAAGGGUGAAAUGCGGGCCGCGAUGAUUGCGAUUGAAAAGAAAUUUGUCAAUUGGAAGGCAAUUGGCGAGCAAUACACUGAUCCGCUUCCGGCCAAUGAAGCUCUACCGCCGGCAGAGAUUGCUGUCUGCCGUAACAAAGGUAUUGAAUUUGUAAAAGAAUUGGGUUCUGGCGGUUAUGGUAAGGUCUGGCAGGUCCGAUGCUCGCAACUAUUAUCAGCACAGCCACAUCGUAACUAUGUAAACGAAGACAUGGCCUGUAAGAUAAUGUCGAUUCUCCGAUUCAAACGUCACAAGACUCCGGCCAAAGCUACUUCCGAAAUGCUGACAGAAUACAGUUUACACAAACGACUACAACAUCCAUAUCUGGUCCGAUCGGAAGAUGCUUUUCAUAUUGUCGACGCCAUGACUGGCUUUCCCUAUGUCAGGCACCUGCACUUUAUGGAACUGUGUGCCGGCAAUCUUAGAGAUCUGUUAAAAUCGAUGGGUAAAAUGGGCGAAUCAGAGGCCAAAUCGUGGUUUCGUAUGAUGUGUGACGCACUCAGGUAUUUGCACCGACAAAAUAUUAGCCAUUUGGACAUUAAGUUAGAUAAUAUACUCUAUUUAUUUGAUCCGCAAACCAGUGCCGCAGAGUUUAAACUAUCCGAUCUGGGUUUGGCCCGUUCGUGUAAAUUCAUUUCUGGUCGCAUCGGUACCGAAAUCUAUAUGGCACCCGAACAGCCUACGCGGGCAAAAAUUCUGGCCGAUCCUCUACUAUCGCGUGCUAUAUACGCGACCCAACCGUGCGAUAUAUAUUCACUGGCACUGGCCGUUUGCGAAACACUUGGCGGUGUUAAAACACAUAUACAGACCAAACAGCUAGUGAUUGGCAUAAAAAAUGAACAAAUCCUUCGUCGUGUCCAUAUCUUAGGCACAGACAUCAACACAUUGGAGUUUUGUCAACUACUGCAAGGUAUGUUAGCCACUGAUCCAAAAACUAGAUUCAAUAUUGAACAGGUAGCUCAACAUCCAUGGUAUCUACAACCGUAAUCUACUAUAAGAAAUAUAUUUCAAAGUAUUUUUUGAUUGUUUGUAUGUU